AUGAAGACGCUUGUUGGAUAUUUUGCCAUAUUCGGCAUUCUUUCAUCGUAUCUGGUCUCAGGCAAGACCUUCAACUUCUUUGAACCUGAUGAUUCUUUGGGGAAAAUGGAAUACCAUGACCACCGUGGCUUGAAGGUUUACUUCUUCACUCCCUUGCACAACUCUGGAGUCGAUAAAGUCGUCGUCGGAAACCAGGGCAUCUGGACCGCGAGAAGUGGACAAACGCUCACAAAAUUGGUCGGAUUCUUCAGAUGCAUGGGCUUCGGGCUUUCUCACGUUUCUUAUUUCAACCAGGAAGGUGAGAACAAGGAGCUCCUUUUGGGAUACUCCCAUGGCGACGACAACCUCGUCGAGUUUGACCGGAAGAGGUUUUACGACAAGCUCUUGGAUUACACCGUAUCCUCUGAGCCAUUCAACAAGGACGUUCCUGGCCACUUGGUUCUUUACCAGCUUGAACAGUUGCUGAAGGAGCGCGAAGAGUCUGAGAAGAAGUCGAAGGCCGAGAAGGUCGCCGAAGUCGUUCAUGAAGCCGCCGAGAAGAAAUCGGAGGUACCUGUCACCGAGGAAGCUCACACUGAGCUCUAA